GUGACGUCAGACGAGUGAGACAGGGUAGAUUACAGUAGAAUAUGGCCGCUGUACGGCCUGAACCUGAAGAAAGCCUUGACAAGCCGUGCAGCAACAGUGAUUUAGUGGAAGAUGGACCCCAGGGUAGUGCGGAUGAUGCUCCUGAGGCGGAGGAGGAUUUAUUUCAAGGCAAGGCCGAUACAAAGGAAGUGCAGGAGUCUGCAGAGGGACUGAACCGUUCUGCCGAUCAUGGUUGCUUUGCACGAAACGGAGAAUCAAACCGUGAAUGUGACUCAGCAGCGCCUGGGACACGUGCUCCCGAACCCGAGGAUGAGGUUUCCCGGGAUGGGGAACCUGGACACAUUCGGUCCGAGUCAGAGGAACAGCUGGAUUCGAGGACAUGCAGAGUCCCAGGGAAAGAAAGCACAGGGCAUGAACUUCAUCAGGGAACACCAGAAGAGCAGACAACAGAAGAUCUUGGCAUAGAAACUGGGAGUACUGUAGGACAUGAUGAUGUUUUAGCACAAGAUGAGGAGGAAGAACUGACAGAUCGAAGUGUGGACAUGGAGGGUGACAGUGACUCUAAGGAGGGCGAAGAGGAAAAUGGAGAGGACAUUUCAGAAGAAGAAGAAGAGCCUAAAGCUGAAUUGGGUAGCAAAGAAGCUGAGGAAGGAGAUGAUCGGGGGCCAGUUGAUGAGGAAGAGUGCCACGAGGCCGACAUUGUUGACAAGCAGCGGAAAACCCGCCUGAACUGCCGCGACUGCGGGAAGUGUUUCACUCGACGAGAGACAUACGACCUUCAUCGCCACUUCCACAUGCAUCAAAAUGAGCAGGCUUCUCUGACCUGCAAAGAAUGUGGCCUCACCUUUCAGCAUCGCAGCAGCCUCAUCAAGCACCGCAGUGAGCACAAACAAAACUGUAUGCCAGAUCUAACGGCCGUCUCUUAUAAACGGUCUCAACUAAGAGAGUUCAGGGAGGAAAAGAUAUUCGAAUGCGAUCAUUGCGGUGACUGUUUUGCAUCUCUGAUCCGAUUCAAGCUUCACGCCUGCCAGCAGAAUCUGGAAAAGCCUUACCGCUGCCCCUUGUGCCGCAAGGAGUUUCAAUAUAGAGUGUCCAUCAAUGCUCACAUGCAAAGCCAUUCAUUAGAGUGUCCCUACAGGUGUCUCGAGUGCAACAAGGGCUUUCAGUGUGCCAUUACACUGCACAUCCAUCAGCGCUCCCAUGCCGCCCUUAAACCUUACGAAUGCCCUGAUUGCGGCAUGGUCUUCAGACACCGCUCGUUCAUGGACGACCAUCGGCGCAAACACACUGAAGAAAGGCCACACCGAUGCAGCAUAUGUGGCAAGACCUUCAAAUAUGGCAGCCUUUUGCAACAGCACCAGUACCUUCACACUGGCCAGAAGCCAUACCGGUGCACAGAAUGUGGGAAGAGAUUUGCAUUUGCACAGAAUAUGCGUGCACACUGUCGCCAACACAAGAAACUUACGAGUCCCGAUGGUUUCGAGGGAGCUGUUGUGGAAAAUACCGAAAUGGCCAAUGGUACCAGUCUGGGAUCUAUAGGAAAGGAGAACACGAAUACAAACACAGAGCACCAACGCAACUGUCCACUAUGUCCUCAGCUCUUUUACAAAGCAGCUGACUUAAGGGCCCAUAUAUUGACACAUGAGGCAGAAUAUGAACAAUUGAGUAACGGGAAAACUAAUUACAAAGUGUACUCCUGCCCCAGUUGUAGUUUACAGUUCUUUGAUGAAUCUACCCUACAGUCGCAUGCCUUGAGUCAUCAGGUUAUAGCAACUCCAUUAAAGAGAGAGGUUCUCAGUGUAGCAAGCUCAGCUAGCACUGAUAACAUUUCAGCAGAUGGGGACUGGGAAGAGCAGUCAGAAAAAAAACCUUUGAGGUGCAAAGACUGCGGCAAAAGCUUCCGUUACCGUUCCGUUCUAGAGCUUCACAUGCGCAUUCACAACAGGGGCUACCAGUGCCACGUAUGUAAAAAGUCCUUUCGAUUCAGCAGCUAUUUACAGCAGCACUUGAUCAUCCAUUCUGGCAAAAAGCCAUACAAGUGCCCUGACUGUGGAAAGGACUUUGCAUUUCUUCAGAACAUGAAGACUCACCAGAGACUGCAUCAACAGAAACCAUUCCGCUGCACACAGUGUCGCAAGGGCUACAGCGAUGAGAGUCAACUGCAGCGCCACAUGCUUUGCCACUCGGGAGACAAGCCUCACAAGUGUCACAUCUGCAACAAGAGUUUCGGUUUAGCGUAUCUCCUUCGCGACCAUCUGAACACCCACACUGGGGAGAGGCCACAUCGCUGCCAAGAGUGUCAUAAAUCGUUCCCCUGGCUCAGCAGUCUCCUUGUCCAUCAGAAAAUACAUGCACGAAAACGUCAAGGGGCAAGCCAGUCCAACUCGUCACCUGUUGGUUCGCAAAGAGGGAGGACAAGUGCUGUUGGAAGGGGCAGAAGAGGUAGUAGAUGGGUUUCAAGAAUGGGAGGAAAUGUGGACAGGGCAAUGCAACUGCAACAGGUGCCUUUUAACAAUCAGCUUUUGCAAGGUUCGGUGCAGAACUUGUUGGGCCAAGAGUCGAACGCUUUCGAUUCCGAUAAGAAUGAGCAAACUCUUAUGCCUCUUCAGUUGCAACAACAAUGGCAAAUUCAAAUUCACUCACAGCUACAGCAGUCUAAAUGGGUAGCUGAUGGACAGGCUAGUAAUUUCAGGCACCAGUGGCAAACAGUAACACAUCUCAAACCUAUCUUACCCAAACCGGGCGGACUUUCCAAGAUUGUAUCUCAACAGCAGAGUCCUGGCUGGUCUGUGGUGGCCCCAUCAGGUAAGCGUGGCGCAACUCGCAAACAGCUUCCAGAGAACUGCACAGCACAAACCAACUGCGAAACAACAUCAACAAGCACAUCAGCCCCUACUAGCGGUGGGACCGAUGGCCCAUCCAAGGGUGAAGCAAAGGUGCAGCAACAUCUGUCAUCAACUCCAAAGUCACCAGGCACUGCUGAGGGUUCUUUGUCAUUGGAUACAAAGCCAGGUUCACCAGUGUCAAACACUCAGAAUUCUCCCAACCAUGGGUUAAAUGUUCAAGGAAAACAGUCAGUACAGUGCCCAGUCUCUGAUUUAGCCCCAAACACUAAUCUGGCACUCGGUUCAUCAGGAAAGGAAAAUGUAAUUACUUUAAGCUUAAAACCAGCAGCAGGUACACAGCAGGUUAACACAGAAUCCAACCCGUUUGAGCAACCACAAUCGCAACCGUCGUCUACUCUAGCCAGCGCAUCAAUUUCAACACAAACAAAGCAACAUUCAGAAGCGGCAGAUGACUGCGCCGCUCAAAAAAGCGGUAACCCUUUAAAUAUUGUAACUCCUCUUGAAAGGCCUAAGAGUGUAAACUCGCAAGAAAAGCCCACGAAUGAAACAGGGGCUCAGCACCCGCAGCUUCAUAUAAUAUCAACAUCUUCACAACAGCAGCAUCAGCAAUUGCAGCUGGUCUUGCAGCCCUCGCAGCAAAUUCAGCUUUUGCAGCAGACGAUGCAGCAGAUGCAACCUGAACAAUUGCAGCUUCUUCAGCAACAGCAGUUUCAUCAGCCCCAAACAAAUCCAUUAGGGUCAGUCAGUGUUCAGUUCGGAACGACUCCUUUUUCCAAUAGCAACGGAAAUGCAGUGUUUGGCUUCCAGACCACUCCAGUUGUUUCCCAAGCUCUAAUACAUGGACCGGUGCAGCAGGGGUCACAGCAGCAAUCCCCUCUAGUUUCUGCCCCUCAAAUCCUUCUUAAUCAGGCUGCUCCUUUUAUUACCUCACCGCUCCCUCUGGCACCUCCUCUUUCUUUGCCAGGUCCUCAUCCCAUCCGUUCUGUAGCAGGGCAACUUCCAGGGUCAGCACCUCAGAACAUCUUUUUCACUCCAACAGCCAUAGUGAAUGAGAGACCAGUAAUACCACAGGCUUUGUCCUCAACUCCUGUAGUACAGCAAACAGAACCAAGCAAAGUUGUCGGUCAGAUUUCGUUUGCCGCAGAUCAGCAGUUUCGCUGCAUGAUCUGCGGUUGCACUUUACCUGGAGAAGUAGAAUUACAGGUGCACUAUAUGCAACAUGUCCAAGGUGAGGUCUGAAAUUUUUAUUUUUUUAAGCACGUCACUCUAUACCCUGGCUGUUAUUGUGCCAACUGGACUGUUGUAUACGAUGAUUGUUGACUCAUUUUCUCAAUUCUGAAUUUCACCUCAUUUUCUGACCAUACGAGAUGUGACGUGACCAUCAGCACUUAAGCAGUUAACGAAAAACGACAUGAACAGGUUCAAAUGCUUAACUGUGUUUAUUUCACUUUGCAGCAAAUGAAUCACCUAUGUUGUAGUUUUUAUUUGUAUUUUCUCUUUCAGUGUUCAGAUGUUAGACGAUGCUUUUCCCAUCCGAGGCAAGUUUAAUGCUUAUCCCAAGCCAGGCUAAUGUUCGCAACCUGUAAUGACACAUCGUGCUUAUUCAUCAAAGUUGCAUAGAAACAAUUGCAGACUGUCACCUGCACACCUGAUUCAUGAAACUGUCCCACUACAUUCCACGAGACGUUACUUUGUUUUGUUUUUUUAACAGAAAACCCAGUUUGUGUAGGUUUUGAGAAAUUGAACUGUUAAAUGUAAAGGAUUUAACAGGCACUAUAAAUGGAAAGUUAAAGAAAAUGAAAAGUUCAUUGAAGCCCGGUUAAACUUUUGUCUGAAAUUGGUCUAAAUAAAAACCAAAGUCAGAAUCAGGUAUUAUACCAAACAGUUUUCCAACCUUACCUACUGGAGUGUUAAUCGAAGUUUACUUUUUAGAGUAAAUCAAGUUACAUUGAAUUAGCUUUAUUUAUAAACAUGAGCCAAGUAUUCACCCUGAACAAAAACACAUUUAUUUUACUUUUAAGCACAAUAAAUAAAUAAAUAAAAAACACUAAGACACUGACUACUGAAAUUAAUAAAACCAUGCCUGACAUUUUUGGCUCUUUAUACAAAGUAUAACGUAAUGAGCUCUAAAAGUGCACAAUCAUAUUUAACGUGUCUUUGAAUAUUUCGCCUUCCGAGACGCUACAUCCAGCCAGGACAGAGGUUUCUAUUGCCUUUUCAACAUAAAUGUGCAAAAAAAUGUUUAUACCACUCGCGAUGUUUUGGUUAUCGAUGACACACAUUGUAGGUCGUCCUCAAAUGUACACAUCCCGGCCAAGAGAUGAUCGGACAUUUGCGUACGUUUUUUCACAUGCAAUUUUAAUGAAUAAGGGCCAUUAUGUGUACUUGUAUGUUCACAUCAGUUUUUCUUUUUUUUUUAUUUUGUUUAAACUGUACAGCAUUUCGUGUCAAAUCUCUGAAACAGUAAACUGAUUUUAUUGUGUAAGACCUGUAUUUGUAAGUUACAAUGGCAAACACAGGAGGAAAAAUAUUACUAGGACCUUUCCAUGUAAGAUCACUGAAAGUUAUCUGUCUACCUCCGUCUGUAGUUUUACAGUCAAUAAAUCUGAUUUGGAAUUGA